AUGAGUUCUGUUUCUAGCGACAGUACCGAGAUCGGCAGACCCCAAGAAGCCAUCAAUGAGUUCUGGGAGAACCUCAUCACAAAAAAGCCAACCAAGGUUACCAAGGUCUUCCCUUCUAGUUUGUAUGCCCAUCUGCUUCCUCCGCCACACGAGCCAGGCACCGUUACAGGGAAGAAUGCGGCCGAGUCCUAUCAAGCAGCGGCCAGUGAAUGUCGCGCUCGCGUCAAACGCAUUGUGCGAGAGUGCCACCGUACGAACGAGAAAUUCACAGAUCCAGAUUUCGAUAUCGAAAAUCUAGGUGACAAGAACUGCCUCGAAGGAUUGCUAUAUUGGUACAAGGAACGGCCCGUGCCAUCGACAUCGUCAGUGAGCCCUUCGCGACUUGGCGACGCGUUGUCCACUCUUAUUCAAAGCGACGUGCUGGCGCAAAAUGCUGCGGUCUUCGACUUCGCUGCCGCGGCUAAACUUCUGGACCCUAAUGGUUCUGAUGACGAAAACGGUGGCCCGGGAUCAGUACAUCGCGUGGAUUGGAUAUUUGACAAGCCUCAAUUUGAAAUCGAUGGCUUCACGAGUUCUGAUCUUGUGCAGGGUUCCAAUGGAGACUGCUGGUUCAUAGCUGCGACAGCAACCGUAUGUAGCCAUCCAGAUCUAAUCAACAAGGUCUGCGUUGAGAGAGACGAAGAGUGUGGCGUAUAUGGUUUCGUCUUCUAUCGGGAUGGUAUAUGGAUCUGGACUGUCGUAGAUGAUAACCUCUACCUCAAUUACAGUGACUUCGAUGCCUAUGGGGAUAGAUAUGACCCGACAGGCGCAAAGGAGACAAGGUACAAAAAGAACAACCAAACCGGUUCAGAGGCGCUUUACUUUGCCUCAUGCGCUGAUGAGAAUGAGACUUGGCUUCCGCUCCUAGAGAAAGCCUACGCCAAAGUGCAUGGCGACUACGACGCUAUUGCUGGUGGCUACAGCGGUGAGGCAGUCGAGGAUCUUACGGGAGGUGUCACCACCAAGAUCUUGACUGAUCGCAUUUUGAGCCGCGAGCGCCUUUGGAAGGAGUUACUACAGGUCAACAAGCAGUUCCUUUUCUCUGCUUCAUCUCCUGGCUCGUACGGAGAUGAUUCAGAUGCUAGAAGAGGUCUCGCUCUGAGCCACGCUUACUCGGUCAUCAAGGUAGUUGAAGAAGAGGACGAAGAGGGCAAGAAACACAAACUUGUGCUAAUCAGGAAUCCCUGGGGCAAGAGAGCAAACGCUGCCAUGGGUGAGUGGACUGGUCCUUGGUCGGAUGGUUCAAGCCAAUGGACGUCCUACUGGAUAGAGAAAUUAAAUCAUAAGUUCGGUGACGAUGGCCUCUUCUGGAUGUCAUAUGAGGACUUGCUCAAGCGAUUCCAGUUGCUUGACCGGACACGGCUCUUUGACCAGGAGUGGACUGUGGUGCAGCAUUGGACUAGUGUCUCAGUGGCUUGGGUGACUGGCUAUCUGAACACCAAAUUCCAAGUCACAAUCAAGAAGGCUGGACCAACAGUAUUUGUCCUCUGUCAACUUGAUGACCGCUAUUUUCGUGGCCUUGAAGGGAAGUACAACUUCGAUCUACACUUUAUCUUGCAAAACGAGAAUGCCAAAGCUGGAGAUCACAUCAUCCGAGCUCGCGGUGCCUGGUUCGGUAAUCGCAGCAUCUCUGCUGAAGCCGAUCUCGAAAUCGGCACAUAUGAAGUCCUUCCGAAGAUCGAAGCUUCUCGUGACGCCGAUGCUGCGGAUGUACAUGAGGUGGUCACCAAGGUAGCGGAGCGUAACCCACAGAAACUCAGGCAAAUCGGAAUGAACUAUGACAUUGCCAAUGCCAAGGGCAUCACAGAUACUUCUGAUGAACAGAAGAAGAAGAGGGAGCAAAAGAAGAAAGAAGCAGCAGAGAAGAAGAAAAAGGAAAAGGAAGACGAGGAGAAAAACAAGAUUGCGUUUGAAGCCUGGAAAAAAGAGGAGAUGGCCGAGUACGAGGCAUGGAAGAAAGAAAAGAAGGCUCGUGAAGACAAAGAGAAGUCACAGCAGGGGGCCUCCAAAGACGAAUCGGGGGAUCGCGUGGCGAAGAAAGAGGAAGCUGAUACAGUAGCAGCAGCUCAUAUUGCUGAAAGCAUUAGUACCCAGAAGGAUGAAGCAGCUGAUACAUCUACUACUUCGGCCGAACAAGCUAAGCCGGCGGUUGUGGUCGAUCUUACGAUCAGGGCUAAAGACUCGGAAUCCAAGAAUGAUUCCAACGAGAAGUCUGAUGAGCCUAAGUUCCAAUUCGAUGAGGCCAGCGAUGACGACGAUGCUGCGCCACGAUAUCGCGGUCCACCAGCACCCGCAUCCGUCGCAUCAUAUGCAUACGGCAACAGGUAUCCAGGCAGUGCUUACGGCGAAGCUCCUGCGCCCAAUCCGCAUGCCAACCCUCGUCCCGUCGCAGACAAGGGGCCAAAACCCUGGAACGCUGUGUGCGUGCUGGGCCUGAGGGUUUAUAGCCGAGACCCAGAAGUCAGCAUCAAGUUGGUUAAACCAAAGGAUUUGGAGGAGGGUGCUAUCUUGGAUAUUGAUGGAGAUACGGCGGCCGGUGCGACGAUGUAA